UAGAAAUCAGCAUUCUGACAAACCCAUAUGAAACGCUGCAAAUGACACGAUAACAGAUGUAAAGAUGGCAGAAGCUGAUUUACUGAGGGAUUUAAGGACCAACCGGAUGAGCAGAUCUCUUGUGUCUAACCUUUCAAAGCAAGAGGAUGAGAAGAAAAUGCCGAAGCAGCGACGACUGCAGGUGCAAGACAAGAGCACGUACAGUUCGCGUCUCAGAGCGGACUGUGGCGCUCAGCGGCAGGAGCUGAAAAGGUGGCUGGACAAGGAAGCGCCUUGCCACACAGACUCAGAUUUUAUUGGAUCGAUUGCCUGGGGUGUGUGUAAGAGAGAAAGCGUGCAUGAGCAAGAAUCAAUCCACGAGUACCAGACGAGGAUUCAGGAGAUGAUACGGCUGAAUUAUUCUCUGGCAGUGAAGAACAUGGACAUGCAGGACCUGAAGAGGGAGGCAGCACUUAGGAAAAAGACAAUGGAGAAGGAAAUGCAGUCAUUGGAAUGCCGUGCUGCACAAAUUGAUUUGAACCUGAAAACCCAACAUCAGCACCUGGAGAAGAGCCAAGCACUUGCUGCAUCUGAAAAAAGACGGAGGUUGGAGAUAGAGGCCAAACUCAAUCAAAUAAAGGAUGAAAUGAAGGAACUCAUAAGUGAAAUCAACAUAUACAAGGGAAUGAUAGAAGAACAGUCAACAGCUCAGGACUUCCUCUUUAAGGUGUCUCCUCCUGAAUGGCAGAAAACUGAACAAAUCAGGAAGGAGAAGUGGGAGAUGAUGAAAGCUGCUGCCACAGAGGAGUCGGAGAGUGCUGAUGGGAGCAAUCUAACAACACGCAGAAACACUAUAGCUGAAGGGCCAGUGCCAGUGAUGAACCCGUGGAGAAGACGGAGACUUAGCCUCCUCCAGGCUCCAGGGGGCACCAAACUACCCAUGAUAAAAGUGGAGCUGAAGGGAAACCUGUCUGACUAUGAGGAACCCCAUAUCUACUUCAGUAAUCCACAGCAGAUUUUGGAGCAGCUUACAGAGUUGAAGCAAAACAUCAUGUUGUCCUGUCAGCAGCGCGAAGAGGAAGAACAAACACUAGAGAGGUUAAAUGCUGCCCUGAACGACCCAUGCAAGGAGAUGAUAAAGAUGGAGGAAAUGAAUAGUAUAUUAAGAGACAACAUAGAGAAAGAGAAAGGGAAAGUUGCUGAGCUGAUGAUCAAAGCUCAGCACUUCUUUCACGGCGAGUACAAGCCAGAGAUCCAGGAUCCGUUGCUGGAGAAGAUCAAGAGCAAGAUGGUGGAGGUUUUUCGUCAGUGUGUGGGUGACUGUGAGGACAAACUCUUCACUCUGCACAUGCUGACCAUGCUGGAGCAUCUUAGGGAUGAGCUUGAAGAAAGCUUUGAGCUGAUUCCCACUAAAUAUGUGGAGAUGGCAGAAAGGGCGUGUGAGAGAGAGAAGAGAAUCAGACAAAGGGAGGAGAAUCUGAGGCUAAAGAUCCAGCAGCAGGAUGAAAGGAGGCGCAAAGGACUGGAGAGAGCCCAGGCCGACACUAAAGUUCGCACUGGGAGGAGACCGAGGCCUCGCAUGCUGCCCCCAGUAAAACAGCAAAAAGUGAAGGCUGAUAUGGAGAAACAUACCAUGGAGUUAGACAAUCUGCAGUACUUCUCCUAG